UUCACCGCUGUUGUUUUCGUGGUGUUUUAUGAUGUUAAUAAAUAAAUAUACAAUUAAUGCGAACUAAUAACCUAUGAGUCGCGGUAAUCUUCAGUAAUUAGAAUUAGUGCAAUAUAUGUGUAGUAGUCAACAUUGAACUUUAGAAUUAAUCAUUAUUUAAACUCUAACUUUGUGCAAUCUACCUGCAUCGUCGGGCAUAUUUUGUGAAUAAUUAUAGUGACGGACGUUUAUGAUUUAUAAUUUUGUACGGACUGAUGAGUAGCAAAUACGUUAUUAUGCGUAAUUUGUCUACUUGUAGUUUGCAGUAAAUUUUACGAAGACAUUGGUAUACUAGAUCUAAUGAGGUGAAGUAGUUGCAACAAUGACGUCGUUUGCUAACAUGACCGCGUCGCUGGCGGCCAGCCUGCCUACCACGUCGUCCGGCGCCGCGAGCAGCGCGCCCGGCCACGCGCCCGACCAGGAGGACCCGCUCGCCAUGACGCACAUCAUCUGCAACCUGCUCGAGAACAUGAACAAGCCGGCCAGCCUGCAGCCCGCCGCAACUUCCGCCUCUUCCACCAUGCCCUACGAUAUCUGGGCGCUGCCCUCCUGCAGCUCCUUGCAGAACCCCAUCGGCCCGGUCGGCCAGGACUACAACACCAACAACCAUAACAAUAACCAUCAAAACCAUUCCAAAGAAGACAACUCUAGCGGCUCGCCCGGUACAUCGUCAUCAGUAUCUAUAACUUGUUACCGUUGCGAGGCGCGCACGCCUACGACGCGCUGCCUCGAAUGUAAUGACCUAUUCUGUCACGAGUGUUGCCACAAGGUAACCUCUGAUUGCCAGCUGAGGGAGCACACCCUCCUGCCGAUACACCAAAUAUCACCCAUCGGCGCUCGCCCCAACUCCGUUACCAAUGAAAAAGAAGUGAUGUACUGUGAACUUCACGGCGAGCCAGUCAAAUUCUACUGCGAAGCUUGCAUUAUUUUCAUCUGUCAGGAAUGCACGCUGUGGGUUCAUAAAGAUCACUGCUUUACUCCGAUCAAAGGCGCACUCGACUUGUGUCGUAUUGGAGUCUUCAGGGCCAUUGAGGAUACCAAAACUGGCACUAAAGCGAUAAAAACGGCGAUCGAUCGUGCGGUCGCGAUGUCCAAAGCAUACGAAAAGGAGACCGCUGAAGCAAAUUUAAAGAUUAGAAAAGCUAUGCGUUGCUACGCGCAAGCUAUAGAAGAUCGUGAAAAAUAUUUAUUGGACAAAGUCGAAAAAAUGCGGCAAGCUAAAAUGACCGAACUGACCGACCAUAUGAACACACUUCGAGGCAUACUCGCCGGUCUGGCGCACACCAAUGAGACCUUGGUACGCAGUAUGGACUCCGAGGGCAUAGAUUUGUUCAUGGCCAAAGAAAAAGGUAGAGCUCAAGUAGACUAUUUUUCCUGUAUGUUUAAAAAUAUGUACAUCGCAGAAGAGAGAAUUAUGUUCGUGCCGCCUAACUACGAUUUGGUUGAUCAAAUAAAGCGCCAAUGUGACGUUCAACCCACGCCGGCCGUGUCGAUGCAUGCUCUGACGUCGACGUCAUCGAUCCAGUCUCGUCAGUCGUUAAUGUCGCUACAAUCAUUGCAGUCUGCUCAAUCUUUUUCACCCUUGUCUUAUCAUAUUUCGGCAUCUAAUACCCUCAGAAAUUUAUCGGAAUAUCCCAAUAAUCCUACGAGGUCUACCAACUAUUACGACCACAGCAUAUCGUCAAGUAUUGCAAUGGAUGCAAAUCCAGCACGCGGAGUCGGUCAAGCGAUUCCGGGAUACUGGCUAUCUGUAUCGGUGAGACCGACAAGGAGCCCCGUCCCCGGAGUUCCUAUGUUUUCUUUUGGCAAAGAAGGCCAAGACGAAGGACAGGUGUCCAGACCGUGGGGUCUGUGCGUAGACAGAGAAGGCAAUAUCAUCGUUGCGGAUAGACGAAAUAAUCGCAUUCAGAUAUUUAAUAAUCGCGGCGAAUUUAAAACUAUGUUUGGUGCAAAAGGCACGGGACCUGGAGAAUUUGAUCUACCCGCAGGAAUCACCACAGACACCUACGGCCGGAUAAUUGUCAUCGAUAAGGAUAAUCAUAGAGUGCAAAUCUUUACAUCGGCCGGUAAUUUCAUACUUAAGUUCGGCUCGUUCGGCAAGGAAUGUGGGCAAUUCCAAUAUCCGUGGGAUGUUGCGGUCAACACGCUGGGUAAUAUCGUAGUCACUGACACGAGAAAUCAUCGCAUUCAACUGUUCACCAGCGACGGAACUUACAUCACCAAGUUCGUGUUUGAAGCAGCGAAUCCCGCAAAGCUCCUGAAAGGACCGACGACGCCGAGGGGCGUUUGUUUUACAACCAACGGCAAUAUAAUCGUCUCUGACUUUGAGAACCAUCGCCUCCUCAUGGUGGAUCCAACUCUAUCGAAGGUUAUCCACUGCAUGGGUCGCGAGGGGUCUGGCAUAGGGGAACUUAACCGUCCCUCAGGUAUAGUGACAGAUGACGACGGACGAAUCAUAGUGGCGGAUUCAAAGAAUCACCGCGUGCUCGUGUUCACGUCAGAGCUUCGUAUCCUGUGGGCCGUGGACCUGAAGAGUCCGGGGCUGGACGACAAGGAUCGACCCAGUGACGUGGCGCUGACGCCGGAGGGCUACUUGGUGGUGCUGUUCGAGACGCUGCCGGACACGGCGCGCGACGUCACCUCCCACGGCAAGCAGUAUAUCAAGGUUUACUGACGGAUAUAAGCGCCUCGCAGGCGGCCGGCACCACGGGCCCUUGCGCUCACAAUAUUAUUUUAUUUUGUUUUGUUUUAUUUGUGAUUGAUUUCAUGAUGUGCCAAUUUUAUUAUUAAUAUUUCGCAAAAAUCUGAAUCGAGCAUAGCUUGUACGGAGAAUCGGCGUUUGCUGAUAUUUUGUUAUGUUUUGCGCAAAUCAAUAAUUUCUUUUAAAUACUUUUGAUGGAUGUUUCGUUACCAUGUUAUUUCGAUAUUUUUGUUUCCGUAUGACACUAGUCUGUAAGCACCAAACGAUAUAGUACGCCGUAACAGUAAUGUUGUAUCACAUAAUAUAUUAUAGACACAUACACUACACACUUAGCUUAUUGUUACUGAACUGUAUCAGUCAUAUUGUACUCUGUAAAGCACUAAAUAUAAUUCAUUCUAUAUCCAAUAUUAAACAAUAUAUAGAUAACUAUUAGACGAAAGUAAUUGAAUCGUAAAAACUAUUAUAUGAUAAAGAUCACAUUGUGAUUUAAAAGAUGUUUUAUGUGAGAUAAUUUAAAAAAAAAUAACUUGAAAAGUAUUUUCCAAAACGUUACUUUUGCGUUCUCUUAGUUAACGACAAGACAGGCGUUAAUUUGUAUUAUAAGUUAUUUUGCGCAUAUAAUUUACAUACGUAUGUUAUAUUUUAACGGAGCGUUUUUUUUGGCACUGCGCUUUUAUUGGUAAUAAUAGUUUUUAGUAUUUGCUUGAUUUUAUGUCUUUUGUUUGCAUCUGGAAACGGAUAAAGGGACGUGGCAACGGAGCUAACAAAUUAAUGCAAUAAAACUUUAAGACUGACUUUAGAAGACUGUCUUAAAGACGUUGAGGCCGGAUGCCGUGGUGGGGAUGCGUGUGGGCGGGGCGGGGAGGCGGGGCGGGGGGCGGGGCGUCGCGUUACGUCUAAUGCUAGUUCUUAUUACCAAAACAUAGGUAUUAUUGUAUCAUUACUAUGAUAAAUUUAUCGGCAACCGAACACAAGUCGAAAAGAUUUUUUUUUAUUCGUGAUAUAUUUUUUAUUUUAUGUUAGAGUUUGCCAUUUUUUUAAUGUUUUUUUUUAUGAGAUUUUUUUGACUGCCUAACUUUUUCGAAACUAAAUUGAUGUUAUCCGUAUAGCAUUAGUAAUAUAAUGUGGAUGUAGAGAAAUGGUAUAAUUUCACGUUUAGGUAUGUGUAAGGCGCAGUAAAACAAUUGUUGUUAUAGGUAAUUAUAAAUAUAAAAUAUUCAUCUACAUAAUAAUUUUUAAUUAGUUGUUACCGUCAAAAUUCACGUAUUAGUUCAAAUAUAGUAGCGAAAUUGUUUGUUUGAAUUAAUGUAUAAAUGUCGAUAUGAUGCGACAUAAAACACUGUGUUCAGUCAGUAUGUGUUCAAUAUGUAACUCUUAAUAUAAGUUAGUGUCGCGUUUGCUGUCGGCUUGUGUGGACGUGUUGCUCACUUGGUGAAAAUAAUUUUUAUUACGAUUUCAUUUCGCUAAUUAACAAAAAGUUAGCACGUUUAACCGAACGUUUUAAUUAAUAAGUUUGCAAGACUUUUAAUCGGUUUCCCUUGAACUUUUUUCUAUUCGACUUUACUAUUAGGUAAUGGAGUGCGUGAGCUUCUAGUUAAAUUAUAACUAUAUGUACUAUUAUUAGAAUUUUAGCUAGUUGUUAAUGCGAACGUAUUACUUCAGAAAAUUCUCUAAACGCUUUGUAAAAUAAUAUCUGGCCCCCUCAGCUUACUAUUAUUAAGAAUUUAAUGAUAACUAAAUAAACUCAAAUAUUAGACAAAAACUUGAUAAUAUACUAGUAAUACGCACAAUUAAUACAACAGUUAUUGGCUCGCUGAAACUAAUUUGUCGUAAAAGUAAUUUAAUAAAAAAAAUUAGAAUAAAAUUUUUCACCUUUGUACUUAGAUGUAGGCUUAGGCUAAGUUACUUGCGAAUAAGAUAAUUUAAGCUACAUAAAUUAGUGUUAAAAGCUUCAAACAAAAAUUACCAGUUGCUUUAGCUAAUAAUUUUCAAGUAAAAA